AAUAAAAAAUUCUAGUGUUAUCUGUCAAACAACAACCAUAAAACUUAAAGAUUUGGAGUUAAAGUUAGUAGUACUUCCUCCGUUUCUAAAAUAUUUAUAUUCUAGAGAAAACUUUUGUUUCAAAAAGAUACAUAUUUUAUAUUUUCAAUACAAUUUUUGUCAAUUAAUAAUGAAAAAUUGUGAAUUUCAAGAACAUUAAUUGCAUUUCUUAAAAUCUUAUUGAUUUAAAAAUAUAGGAAAUAUAAAAUUAUAAAAACUAUGUAUUUAUAGCUAAAUUUUAAUAUGUUUUAUUAAAAAAUAUGAAAAUUCUAAAACAUAGAUCUUUUAGGAACGGAUGAAGUAUUACUCUUUUUUGUCAACGAUUAGUAGUAAUACAGCUUUAUCCUAGUUAUCAUAAGGUUGAAGAAAAUAUAUAGUCAAACAUCAAUCAAUGGAUUUAAAUGUGUACCCAACUUCCAAAUAAUGAAGUUUGUUGAAUGUGUGCAUAUCUAGGUUGGAAGUUUAUGUGUGAACUAAUAUAGCAACAAUUUGAAGCCGAAUUAACAGAAGUAAAUCCAUCAUAAAUGAUAAUCACAAACAGAAUAAUAAAUUUCAUUUUUAUACAGUAUAUAGUAUAAUCAGGUUACAUUUGAGAGUACCUUAUAACAUCGACAAUAAAAUCUUCAAAAUAUAAUUCAAAGUAAAAUGAUGAGUACAUAAUAUAUAUAUUUUCUAGUUUUCUUGCAGAAGUUAUGAGACUUUGGUAGGUCGACUGAGAUAGAUAAUAAUUUAUGUAAGCAAAGAUCAGAAAAGGGUAAUUUGCAAGGCAUUCCAACAAAUCCUUACACUUCAUGCAAUUUCAUGUGCUCCCUUUUGUUAGUAUACAUAAGUGUCUAUUUUUGCAUUCUUCUAUUCAUUGAAUUCCUUUUACCAUUUCCCUCUCAGAACCGUAAACACAACCAACAAAUAAACCAAAAAGUUCCAAAUUUUUUUUUGUUUUCCAAAUAUCAUUUAUGCCAAAAAAAAUGAAAUCUCCAUGCAUUCUAUUAACUUUAUCUAUAGUCAUUGCCAUUAUAGCCAUUUUAGCAUCCCAAACUCUCUUUAGCACACCUCCUAGAGUCUUUAUACACAAUCCUUUCGAUAUUUUAUAUGGUAUUAAAGCAAUAUCAUAUUCAGCUAUAACAUCCGUUUGCAGCCACCACCAUCAUCAUCACCACCGCCGCAAACCAUCUCAUAGUAAAAAGAAAAUUUCAAUAUGCGGCGAUUUUCCCAAAAAUAUACCUCCACCGGACACCGACACAACAUCCUAUCUCUGUGUGGAUAAGAACGGUUGCUGCAAUUUCACAACGGUGCAAUCAGCCGUGGACGCAAUCGGAAACUUUAGUGAGAGAAGGAACGUCAUUUGGAUAAACUCCGGCAUGUACUAUGAAAAAGUGGCGAUCCCGAAGACUAAACCAAACAUAACGUUGCAAGGACAAGGGUUCGAAACCACAUCCAUAGCGUGGAACGAUACGGCCUACUCGGCUAAUGGCACUUUUUAUUGUGCCUCGGUCCAAGUCUUUGGUUCUCAGUUCCUCGCUAAAAACAUUAGUUUCAUGAACGUGGCACCGAUACCAAAGCCGGGAGAUGUAGGCGCUCAGGCGGUGGCGAUAAGAAUAUCGGGAGAUGAGUCGGCGUUUGUAGGAUGUGGUUUCUUCUGAGCCCAAGACACUCUUCAUGACGAUAGAGGUCGUCAUUACUUCAAAGAUUGCUACAUUCAAGGCUCCAUUGAUUUCAUCUUCGGCAACGCUAAAUCUCUCUACCAGGACUGUCAGAUAAUAUCAAUGGCGAACCAAGUGAGUCCAGGGUCAAAGUCUAUCAACGGAGCCGUGACUGCAAACGGCCGUAACUCGAAGGACGAGAACAGUGGCUUCUCCUUCGUCAACUGCUCGAUAGGCGGCACCGGCCACGUGUGGCUCGGUCGUGCAUGGAGGCCCUACUCACGUGUCAUCUUUGUUUCCACUUUCAUGACCGAUGUUAUCGCGCCUGAAGGCUGGAACAACUUCAAUGAUCCAUCUAGGGAUGCGACAAUAUUUUAUGGAGAGUAUAAUUGUUCGGGUCCAGGGGCUAAUAUCUCGAAGAGGGCACAGUAUGUUCAGAAGCUUAACGAGACUCAAGUUGCUCAAUUCAUUAACAUGACUAUUAUUGAUGGAGACCAGUGGUUACAGUAUUUCGAUAUUUAAUAAAAUCAAUAAAUUAAAAAAAUGUAAUUUCAAUUAAAUAAAUCAAUGAAACACGGUUGCUUCUAACUUAUAAAUUAUAUAAUUGAGCUUGGAAUAAUGCUGUUAAAAAUGAUUUUUAACUUCUUUUAUUUUUUUUCAGUAUAUUACCGAAAUAUUUAAAGGCAUAUAUAAUCAAAUAUCUAACUAUACUAAAAGGAAAAUAUCAAGCCUUCUGAGAUAGUCCACGUCGGACUGGAAAUUCAUCCAGUAAGAAAUCAGCAUUCGGCCAUGUCACAACGAGUUGGUUCAAGUUGGGCUUCGGGUGUAUUUUGCGACCCGCUUAUUUGGGCUUAUGUUUAUUUUGGCCCACAUGUGUUGUGUUCGUGUUUCGGAGACGCAAAGACGGUGUAACCUAAGGGCAUCUGUAUUGGAGGUCCCUUAACGCAUCCCUUAGGGGAAGGGGGUGGGAACCGAGGAAGAAAGAGAAGGGAAAAGCCCUUAAUUAAGGGCUGUCCCUUACUCUUUAAUGACCAAAAAAAAAAAAAAAAAAAAA